AGAGAGUUUGUCUGGAGAGAGAGAGAGAGAGAGAGAGAGAAGAGAGGGGUCCUCGGGGGCGGAGAUGGGUCUGUCCCAAGAGGACCCCUUCCUCCUCCUUUUUGGGGUGUCCGCCCUCCUCCUGGGGGGAUCCUCCGGCUCCUCCUCCCACUCCCUGCGCUAUGUCUACACUUCUGUCUCUGAGCCCGGGCAGCAGGAGCCCCAGUUCUUCUCGGUGGGCUACGUGGACGACCAGGAGUUCGUCUCCUAUGACUCAAAAGCCAAGCGGCGCUUCCCUGCAGUGCCCUGGAUAAGGAAGGUGGAGGAGGACGACCCUGAGUACUGGGAGCAGGGCAGCCAGCUUGUGUGGAGUGCUGAGCAGGUCUUCCGAAUGGACCUGGAGAACGUGGCCAGAUACUACAACCAGAGCGGAGGGGCUCACAUUCUACAGUACAUGUACGGCUGUGAGCUGAGGAAGGAUGGAAGCAAAGGAGGGUAUGACCAACUUGCCUACGAUGGGAGGGACUACAUCAGCUUUGACAAAGAGACCCUCACCUACACGGCAGCCGAUGCCCCAGCCCAGAACACCAAGAGGAAGUGGGAGGCUGAACCUGCCAUUGCCCAGCGCAACAAGGCCUACCUGGAGGACAUCUGCAUUGAAUGGCUGCAGAGAUACCUGGACUACGGGAAGGAGACCCUGCUGAGGACAGAGGUGCCAGAAGUGAAGGUGACACGCAAGGAGGACUAUGACGGCAUGGAGACCUUGAUCUGCCGGGUGGGGGGCUUCUACCCCAAGGAGAUUGACAUCACCUGGACAAGGGAUGGGGAGGUCUGGAUGCAGGAUGUCUUCCACGGCCUGGUGUCCCCCAACUCGGAUGGGACUUACUACACCUGGCGGAGCGUCACGGUGGACCCCAAGGAGAGGGAACGCUACAAAUGCCACGUGGAGCACGAUGGGCUUCCAAACCCUGUGGAUGUGGCCUGGGAGGAGCCUGCCUCCAAUUUGGGGCUCAUCAUCGGGUGGGUUUUGGGGAUCCUCCUCCUGAUCGCUGUGCUCGCUGGGAUUGCUGUGUAUUUCAGAAAUAGUCAAGAUGGAUACAGAGCAGCUGCAGGAAAUGACCAAGGAUACAGCAGCUCUGGGGCAGCGUGAGUGACAGGUCUGCCAUGGAGAAGAAGAGAGGAAGAGUUGCAUCCCUCUCAGCACUUGAGGAUCUCUCCACUGAUCUUCACUGCCUUGUCACCUUUCCAACUGCUUUCAUUGCAGGGAGCUGGAAUUCAGACUUUUUCUGCAGGAAUAUUGCAUUUUGGGAUGCAUUUUGCACCUGAAAGGAUGAGCUUAGGCUGUUCAUCUAAUUUUUAAGAAGUGGUCAUUGAUACUACGUUUAAACUAAACUGAUCUGCUCUCCAUAAGAGGAAAGUAAUAUCUCUGGCAUAAACUGCCUGAGUGAGUGACGUACAAGUGAAUGUGUGUCUCUUUGUCUGGAUGGAGUUUGGGGGCUAUUCCCACCCCUUUGAACCUGUCUAGCCUUGAGGGGCCACUUUUUUCUUUUUUUUCCGUGUCAGGAGCAAGUUGAGUCGCUUCUGGAGUGAGAGAAUUGGCUGUCUGCAAGGACGUUGCCCAGCGGACGCCUGGAUGUUUUGAUGUUUUUACCAUCCUUGUGGGAGGCUUCUCUCAUGUUCCCGCAUGAAGCUGCUGCCCUUGCUUGCCCUUCUCUGAGUCCCUGGCCAGGAAACCUCCCCAUCCGCAGCCUCCCUGCUCCAGGCUUCCUUUAGGCUUCCUUCCCAAAAGGUGGAGAGAAGAGGGAGGAUGUGCUUCUACACACAGUUAAGAAGCUUACUUCAAAGUAUGUCUCUGUUGGGGGAAAGGAAAGUAAAAAAAGACUGUAAAGAGAUCUCUUGGUUAAACUUUUUUUGAAGACAGAAGAAAGGCCAGAGAGGACUGUGUGCUGUUUCCAAGGAAAAACAUAGAAAUAUUGAAAGUAACUUUUCCCAUUCUCUGCUUUGCUGGACGACAGGCACACAUCUUCACUCCUUGUUUACCAAACAAAUGGGACCUGGGGGGAAAUUUUGAAAAGAGUGCCCAAUUCCUCCAUUCUGGAGGGAUACAAAUACUGUUCAUUUAAUGAUGGAUUGUUUGUAUAAUGUUACAUUAAGGUAAACGUAGUCACGAGCUCUGAAUGUACAAGAAUUCACAGGAAUAAUAAAGUGAAAAUGUUUCUGUA